AUGAAGUCGUAUUUACUUUUAGCUGUUUUGAUUCUGAUAUCAAAGUACGAUGAAGCGUGUUGUGACCACCACCACGACGAUGACGACAACAUAGAGAAAUUUGAGGAGAGAAGUUUAACAAGCGAGAUUGUAGGGCUUUUAAAUGGCACUUACUUCAAUUUGAAUGAGAAAGUAUGUCAGUUACAAAGGCGAGUCGACGCGAUCGAAGGAACCACGAACUCCGACAAUCAGUGUAAAUGUAACCAAACGGAAAUUGACGAUUUUAGGCGAUCUGUGUCUGACGAGCUUAAGACGUUCUCCAAAAUCCUGUCUGGGUUUGGAAAUAGAAUACGACUUUUGAAAAAUGAGCAGGCGGAAUUACGUAAACUACUAGGAGGAGAGGACAGCGACGCAAGUACAACAACCACGACGCCGACUCCUGUUCCACCAGUUGUCUGUGACAGUGACUGGAUAACGUCCCCGGAAAAGUGUUAUUAUGUCUCCUCAUCUUUCCAGAUGACGGAAUGGGCAACAGCAAUGACCCAGUGCAAUGACAUGGGAGCUAAUCUUGUUGAGAUCCAAACCGACACAGAAGCUAAGUUCAUAAUGAGCAACCUGCCGAGUCGUGUUGGAUACUAUGAUCUUAUAUACACCGGACGUAAAAGAAAUGAGGCGAACAACUGGGUUUUUGUUAGCAACGACCAGGGAAUCAAUACUUCCAUGAGGACAUGGGGAUAUGGUGAACCAGAGGGCGGGAUUCAGCGGUGUGGUUGUACCGCACAGUCAGACAACUUUCUGAUGUUGGACUGUUUGUGUUGGGGAUUUUACCUAUUCUAUAUCUGUGAAAUUAGGCGUUAGUAGCUACUGUCCAAGAGUACGUCACAUAGUGCAGAAAUGGAUGUAAUGAUUUGAAAGUUACUACAACGAUGUGAUGAUUUUCACUGUCAUGAUAAAAAUAUGUUUUGCAUUGCUUGAAAAUGUUAUUUCAAUAUUCCUGUAUAGGU